AUGAAAACAAUAUGCCUGCCUCCAGCCCUGCAGGCAGGCAGAGCCAGGGGCGAGCUUGGCCGUGCCCCGCAGGCGUGGGGGUAUAGAGGCCUGGCCUGGGCCCGGCUGGCGGCCGAGCAGAUGGCGAAUGGGGAGCUGGACGAGGAGAGCCUGCAGGAGCUCUACAGCUGGGUGGAUGCCAUCCCCCUGUCCCGCCCCAAGAAGAACAUCACCCGGGACUUCAGCGACGGAGUUCUAGCAGCAGAAGUGGUGAAAUUUUACUUUCCCAAAAUGGUGGAAAUGCACAAUUAUGUCCCAGCUAAUUCAACGCAACAGAAACUCUCCAACUGGGGCCAUCUCAACAGGAAGGUGCUGAAAAAGCUGAAUUUCUCCAUCCCGGAAGACAUGAUCCGGAAGAUCGUACAGUGUACGCCCGGCGUGGUGGAGCUGAUGCUGCUCCCGCUGCGGCAGAAAAUCGAGGAGAAGCAGAAGCAGAGCAAGGUGGCAUCUGGCACAUAUCAGGAGCUGGGCACACGCUAUGCACUCCAUGAGAACGGCCAUAUGGAAACAGGCUAUUCGUCGAAGCCAAAGACCAAUGCCGCAGGGGUCUACGUGCAGCAGUCCCCACGAGCGGAAAGGAUGAACAAGGGCCAGCAAGGCUAUGCCCAGGCACCGCUGGGAGACACCAGCUUUCGCAUUCAGUUAGCGGAGAGGGAGCAGGCUCUGCUGGCUUGUCAAGAGACGGUCCAGAUCCUGCAGAUGAAGGUGCGGCGGCUGGAACACCUGCUCCAUCUGAAGAACGUUCGGAUUGAUGACCUCACAAGGCGCCUACAGCAAGUGGAGCAGAAAGAGAAAUGAGCCGGGGCUCGGUUUGCCUCCGCGCCCUUCCCUGCGACUCUCACACCCUCAGAACCUCUCCCAGGCACACUGUAAGAGCCGCUGUUCCUGUGCCUCUCCCACUGCUAGUAGUGACUCCUCCUGGGCUUGGAGAGACUGAGCCGUCCCAGGCAGGACUGGUAGAGUCUGGAUUUGAAUAAUGACACAGGGCUCCCUGUUACUUACAAUCCAAGGGCAAAACUGAGGAAAAAAUAAGGCCUAGAGUCCAAGAGUGAAAAAUGCACAUGCGCAAGCACAGGUGGCAAAUGCACAUCUAGAAGUUCACCUGCAAUUGUGCAUGAGGGUGCUGGAAUUGUGUAAGUGCACCGGUGAUUGUGCAUGCAUUUGUUAGUCACGUUUAUGCAUCUGCAAUCGGCUUUGCAUUCAUUGCAAUUAUGGACAUGGACCUGCAGUUGUGCAUGCACUUAUACAUUGCAAGAAAUGCUAGUGCAAAUGUGCACUCACAAAUGUGCCUGAAGGUGAUCGGGCUGAGGCAGUAUUUCGAGUGCCAGGUUUUCUAUCUAUAACCAAAUUCAGCGACUUUCAUUCAGAAUAUUGACUCCUCUGCUUUCCACGCUUUAUACCAGGCCAUCCCUUUGCUUGUUAAUUGUUUUAAAGAGCCCCAGCCCCCACCCCUUUUGUUCCAUCUGGUGGCUCUUGGGUGACAGCUGAUUGGAGAUGCCUGGGGGAGGAAUGGAUCAUUCCCAAGGAUGCUUUUCUAUAGGUGCGAUCCUGGAGCCCUCACUCAGGGACAACUCCCACUGGAGGCUGAGGAUCUGUCUACGCAGCAAAAGCUGGGCACAGGGCAGCCUACCUGAGCCAGCGUGAAUCCAGCCAACGCAGGUAACGUAGCCAUGAAGCCAACGCAGCACAGGCUAUUGAGCAGAAUGCAUGGCCAGGCUCCAGGCCAGGCCGCACUAUCCAUGCUGACGCCCCGCCCCCUGCUCUGUCAUCACUGUUUACCCACGUUAGCCAGCUCGGGUAAGCUCGCCCAUUCCAGCUGGAGCUGUGUAGACACACCC